GAGUACAACGUUUCAAAAUGCUGGAGAUUAUCUGGGUGAAGCUAGAGAUUACAUUUAACGUGAUUGUGUCUUCAGACAUUCUGCUCCUGCAUUUCAUGAGCUAAAAUAUUUUAUGAAAAUGAAAUUAGAUACCUUCACUGAUCUCCAAGUUAACCAUGUCCUGUGAAUUCAGAGAAGACUUUCUGAAGGAGGAAUAGAUUCAUCACAUACGUGGACUUCUGUUGUUGCUCAAGGAUACACUUUUUUCAUUCUAAAAGGCUGUCUACAUGAAGAUGAGUCUGCGUUUAAGACAUGAUCUGUGGAAUUAGGUGAACGAGGAUACUUUUAAUGAGUUACCAACAUUUAUUUCCAUCUGUAUUUCCAGCUUUUUUUUUUUUUAAAUACAUAAAAAUGAAGGACAAGUAUAAAACAGCAGAGCUGAUGUAUUUCUGUGAGGCCUUUAUGUAAGCCUCUGUUGUCCAGACGCGGUGCUAAAGGACAGGCAAUCUGCUUUUGAUCAGCUGAUUGUAACUGUGGAAAGAGAACCUUUAAUUUAAAGUAACUUACAGCUGAAAUUAUUUUACUCUUUGGCUUGCACAGAAUGAAAGGGAAAAUUAAGUUUUACUGGUCAGGGGCAUUUUACUGAACUAAGAAAGGGAAAGUUACGUUAUCCUUGUUUUCAUUUCAAACCAAGAACUGACAACAUAUUUUUCUUAGAAUUUGACUACUAGGCAGAUCUCGACAGAGUAAAGCAAGUCAGAUGUCAGCAAACAACUCUUCUCCCCCAUCCUUACAGAAGUUUUCCCCGCCUACGUGUCAUGCUGCUGCACCACAAACCCCAACUUUGUCUUCAAGUCCCCAGUCGGGGCUCUCCAGUCGACUCUCCAAUGGCAGUUUCAGUACCCAGAGCCUCACCAACUCCCGGGGCUCUAUGCAUGGGGUCUCCUUCCUUCUGCAGAUUGGUCUCACUCGAGAGACUGUCACCAUUGAAGCUCAGGACCUGUCCCUCUCUGCUGUUAAAGACCUCGUGUGCUCUAUAGUAUACCAGAAGUUCCCAGAGUGUGGUUUCUUUGGCAUGUAUGACAAAAUUCUCCUCUUCCGUCAUGACCUGAACUCAGAUAAUAUUUUGCAACGGAUUACAUCAGCAGAAGAGAUACAUGAGGGAGAUCUUGUUGAGGUUGUACUCUCUGCUUUGGCUACAGUUGAAGAUUUCCAGAUUCGUCCUCAUGCACUUUAUGUGCAUUCCUACAAGGCUCCUACUUUUUGUGACUACUGUGGAGAGAUGCUUUGGGGUUUGGUACGACAAGGAUUAAAAUGUGAAGGUUGUGGGUUAAACUACCAUAAGCGAUGUGCCUUCAAGAUUCCAAAUAACUGCAGUGGAGUGAGAAAGAGGCGUCUGUCUAAUGUGUCUUUACCAGGAGCAGGGCUUUCAGUUCCAAGACCAGCACAAGCUGAAUACACAUCCUCUGCCUCUGAAGAACGCUGCUGCCCAGAACCUAGUAAGAGGAUUCCCUCCUGGAGUGGCCGUCCCAUCUGGAUGGAAAAGAUGGUGCUUUGCAGGGUGAAGGUUCCGCACACCUUUGCUGUUCACUCUUACACUCGUCCCACCAUAUGCCAGUAUUGCAAACGGCUGCUCAAGGGCCUUUUCCGCCAAGGAAUGCAGUGUAAAGAUUGCAGAUUCAAUUGUCAUAAACGCUGUGCAUCUAAAGUACCUAGAGACUGUCUUGGAGAGGUGAUUUUCAAUGGAGAACCUGCUAGCCCAGGCCAGGACUUGGACAUGCCAAUGGAAGUUGAUAGCAGUGAAAUGAACAGUGAUGGUAGUCGGGGUCUAGAUGAUGCUGAAGAGCCCUCUCCUCCAGAGGACAAAAUCUUCUUUAUGGAUCCAUCUGACCUUGAUGCAGACAAAGAUGAGGAAGCUGUCAAAACCAUCAGUCCUUCAACAAGCAAUAAUAUUCCUCUCAUGAGAGUUGUACAGUCGAUCAAGCACACAAAGAGGAAGAGCAGUACAAUGGUGAAGGAAGGAUGGAUGGUCCACUAUACUAGUAGAGACAAUCUGAGAAAAAGACAUUAUUGGAGACUGGACAGCAAAUGCCUCACGCUAUUUCAAAAUGAAUCUGGAACAAAAUAUUACAAGGAGAUUCCACUUUCAGAAAUUCUCCAGGUGACUCAGCCUCGAGAUUUUUCAAACGUGGUGCAGGGCAGCAACCCAUACUGUUUUGAGAUCAUCACUGACACGAUGGUGUACUUUGUUGGCGAAAACAAUGGCAGCAGUCAUCACAGUCCUGUUCUUGCUGCCACCGGAGUUGGACUUGACGUAGCUCAGGGCUGGGAGAAAGCCAUUCGUCAGGCUUUGAUGCCAGUCACUCCUCAAGCUAGCGUUUGCACUGCUGCAGGACAAGGAAAAGAUCACAAAGAGUUAUCUCUAAGCAUCUCUGUUUCAAAUUGCCAGGUCCAGGAGAAUGUGGAUAUCAGCUCUGUGUACCAAAUAUUUGCUGAUGAAGUGCUGGGUUCUGGUCAGUUUGGUAUUGUAUAUGGAGGAAAACAUAGGAAGACUGGAAGAGAUGUGGCUAUCAAAGUCAUUGACAAGAUGAGGUUUCCAACUAAACAGGAAAGUCAGCUUCGUAAUGAAGUGGCCAUUCUCCAGAAUUUGCACCACCCUGGGAUUGUGAACCUGGAAUGUAUGUUUGAAACCCCGGAACGGGUCUUUGUUGUGAUGGAAAAGCUGCAUGGGGAUAUGCUAGAGAUGAUUCUUUCCAGCGAGAAAAGUCGACUUCCAGAACGAAUAACUAAGUUCAUGGUCACUCAGAUACUUGUUGCUUUGAGGAAUUUACACUUCAAGAAUAUUGUGCACUGUGAUUUAAAACCAGAAAAUGUACUACUAGCAUCAGCAGAGCCAUUCCCUCAAGUGAAGCUGUGUGAUUUUGGCUUUGCGCGUAUCAUUGGUGAAAAAUCUUUCAGGCGCUCUGUGGUGGGGACACCUGCUUAUCUUGCCCCUGAAGUGCUCAGGAGUAAAGGUUACAACCGCUCUCUAGACAUGUGGUCAGUAGGAGUUAUUGUCUAUGUGAGCCUUAGUGGUACAUUCCCAUUUAAUGAAGAUGAGGAUAUAAAUGAUCAGAUUCAAAAUGCAGCAUUUAUGUACCCACCAAAUCCUUGGAAGGAAAUUUCUAGUGAAGCCAUUGAUUUAAUAAACAAUUUGCUUCAAGUGAAGAUGAGAAAACGUUUCAGUGUUGACAAAUCCCUUAGUCACCCGUGGUUACAGGAUUAUCAGACUUGGCUUGACCUCAGAGAAUUUGAAACACGCAUUGGAGAGCGUUACAUUACCCAUGAGAGUGACGAUGCACGCUGGAAAGAGCAUGCUUAUGAACACAACCUUGAGUACCCCCAGCAUUUUAUUAUGGCUCCUAAUCCAGAUGACAUGGAAGAAGACCCUUGAUUUAUUCAUUAUGCUAAAUUGCAGCAAAGAAGGACGCUCCAGACAGAAACUGAAGAUAAGUUUUGGAACAGCUGUUGCUCUUUCUGAAUGCUGUACACAUAGUUCAGUGUACAAAGCCCCAGAGGAUCCUGCAUUGACGUGGGAAUAGACUGUCGUCUGACAAGCUUUUCUCCAUCUCUGACUUAAACUAUGAGCAGUUACUGGACAGUGGUAACGUUUUGCCAAGCUGUGUGGCUACAGAGCCAUUACUGAGGUGUAAUGUGUACAGAUUGAAUGGUUUGUGUGUUCUUCAAGGUUGGUUUGUUUUGGGUGUUUUCCAUAGCCUACACAAUAAGAAUUUUGUAAUGGUUUUCUAAUCCCUAUUUACUAGGCUGUAGAGGACUGUUUUCUGUUACUUAGAUACAUCUCCCGUUUCCUAAACUGUGCAUGGUGAAAAGAGACUGUAAAAAGAAAUCAGUGCAGAAUACCUUGGCUAACAGCAAAACAUGGUGGUUUAAGUUGAAUACAGCUUCAUAGAUGAAGGAAUAAUUUGCUGCUGUUAAGACAGUUAAAUAUGUGUGACUUUGCCCUAAUUGAACUUUUUUCAGAUACCCAAAAAAAGAAAACCCCGUAACUUUUUACGUUCCUCUUGAAAUGCUGGCUGACAAUCUAAAGAGAUGACAAUCAAAGCUAUGCUAGUCCUUUAUUUUGUCUGUUAAAACAGAGCAAUAAGCCACAACAGUGUGUUGCUGUGCAAGGCUGGCACACGUCAUUGAUAAACGCCAAAGGCAUUUGGCCUUAAAACUACACAAGUAAUGCACAGCGAGCACACAAGACUUGAUGUAGCAUAUCCUUUCACUCUGGAAAAACAGCUUCUAGCAGAAGGAUGUGGAAGAAUAGGGAAAAAUACAUGCAGCUUUCUUCUGUUGUUUUGAGUAAUUAGACUUUUAAAUUUUUCUAAUAUUUUUCUAAUUUUUUUAAGGUUCCCUGGACUUACAUCAGGAGUAGUUUGUAGCCUGCUAGCUUGUAUCUUAACUCUGCUCAAAACCUAGGAGUGACAGUGGAUGUCAAAUCACCUGUUGCUUCUGCCAGGGCGGCUGGGUUGCGGGUGAAAGGGCUUUGCCUUCUGACCUUAAGCUGCAGCCCCUCCCGUCCUCUUUACUGUGCUCAGCGUUAUUGUUUGAGCUGAAUGAAGAGUCCAAAACCAACUCCUAAUUCAGUUUUUUAUGCAGAUGCCUCAGUUGAUGGAUUCCCAACCACUUACUGGACUUGUGGCACAAUAGAGAGGAAGCAGCAAUAUUCUUUGGAAGCGAUUCCCUCAGAGGACAGUGUGACAGUUAAAGUUCAUGGUAUUUCAAAGAAGUUUGAGGCCACGAAUGCUAAAUGCAUAUGGAAGAGGGAUUUUUUUGUCCUAUUUUAAAAAAUGGAAAAGGUGAAAUCUUUCCUUUUGUGUGGGAUAACAGCAUUGUGCUGGUAGAAGGUGCUGGGUGGCUGUACAUAUCCCUGAUGUGCCAAGCUGCUUAACUGGAGCUUGGUUUCAAAUACUUUUUAAAAUACUGAUACAGGCUUGAACUGCAAAGUCAGUGAGAGGCUUUGGGGUAUCUCCUCUCUCUCCUACAAAGAUAUUUUUUUUGUGUGUGUGUGUAGAUAAGUAUUUUUUUCUACUGUUGUUAUUCAGGUAAGGAAGCAGGUGAGCAGACUUUUUCUAUGUUGUUAGAUAUACAUAAAAUUUUACAAGGUUAUUUCAGGGCUGGCAGCUGCUUGCAAUGACAGUGACCUGGCAGUAAAGUCAGUGGCAGUUGCAGAAGUAUGUACCCACAGGUAGGUUUGGGUCUUUAACCCACCUUUUCUUUUCCUCCUGCCCUUUAUCUAACUGCCACUGAAUUUUGUAGGUGUCGAAGUUGGUAAAGGCUGAACUCUGGCUUCCCUGGUAGGAUAUACCAAACUUUGUACAAAACGUUGGUGCAAUCUGUAUGGCAGUUUCCUACAGCCAGCAGUGGGCAGAGCGUUUCAGCCCUUCUGACCACCACGUGUCCUCUCUCCUAGCACGUGUUUUCCUCAGGGUUGUGCAGGGGACUUGCCUGAUGGCAGUCCCUGCCCCUCCUACACUGGGGGUCAUCCUCCCCCUUCCAUGCUGUCAGGGCAGUGCAAAGGAAUUCAGAAGGGGCAGAAUUUGUGCCUUAACCCUGCCAUCCUGUUAAGGCAGGGUUUCAGGACUGAUUCUUCAGAGAGGCACUAUUUUUCAUCUUUGGAACCAGAACAAUCGCCUAUGAAGCUGGUAGUCUAGUAUUUGCCCAGGCUUGGCAAGGGAAGCAGUGCUUUUUGCAACUUCCGCUGCUCAAGUGACCAAAUUUCAGUGAAGCCAUUGCUAUCUUCCAUCCUAAUUGUAAUAAUGUAGAUACAGUCUGGUUUUAAACUUCAGAUUUUAUACUUGGGCUGUCACUUCAGGUUUUCCUGUGGGGUGAGUUUUUUUCGUUUGUUUUAAGAGAGUCAAAAAGCCAGCUUGGUCACUUGAAAAAGCACAACAGGAAUAGAGGAAGGAGGGGACAACAAUGAAGUAGAAGGCCUGGCUGAUGUCUCUCCCCAUGAAGUCUGCUCUGCUCCAAAAUUAUUAUAUGAGCUAUUUAUUCUUCAAGUUGUAUUAAAAAAAAUAGAUAAUGCUGUUGGCCUUUGGAGGAGAUUGCCUGACCAUAUACGCAGACUUACGGGGCCAGACAAUAGAAGCCACAAGCAGCUAAUAGCUGAGGAACCAAAAAAUCAGACAUGCAUUAGGAGUAAACUUUCUUCAGAGUAGUAAAAAUAGCUGAGUUUUUUAUUCCCUUUUUUCUACCUUUACUGCAGACUUUGACAGCAGUAGGUUACAGUGUUUCAUAUCCAUAUCCCUAGAUGAAUUAAGUUGUGUUCAUUCAAGAAAUAGUGCUAUGAUGAUGCUAGAAAAAAGCUCAUGUAAAAUUUAUAGCCUCAAAAGGACACUGUCAAGUACUUUUAUAUUUUUAUACAUCCCAUUGUUUGUAAAUAUCCUCUGAUAAGCUUGAAAAUAAAAUUUAUUUCCCUAUCAGACUUGUUCUUUUUAUUUACGUGAAUUCUCUCUCCUCUCACAUGUGCUUAGAAGUAAGUGUUUCUUUAUGCGUCCUUGGUUGUGGAUCUGUCAUGAGCUAUGGCCUGCUGUGGGAAUUCUGUUAGUAGGUGCUUUGGAACUAAUAACUCUUUUUGCAUGGUUCCUGCCACCAUUCUCUUUAUAAAAGUAUCUUCAAAAAUGUCAAGGCAGCUUGUGUUUUAAGCAAGUACCAAAGCUGAGUGCCCUGAAAGUCUCCUUAGCACAUCUGUUUGUUACUGAGAAGUUUUAACUUGAUUCCACUAGCAAAUACUUCACUCGGCUCUAUUGUAAGACCCCUGAAAUACUGUUUCUCUGCUCUGUGUAUGCUGGUUUCUGUAUGUGCAGUGUUUGAUUUCUACACAUACUGCGCAGGUCAGUCAGUAGGUUUAGCGUGCCGCACUAGAUUUACUCUGAAAUAGCACUCCCUACCAAAAUGUGGCUAGGCCCUGAAGCGUAGAUUGGUGUGAGAAAAUCGCCUGGAGAAGUAACGUGACGUUUCAUGUGCUUUCAGUUCAAAGAUAAAUCAAAAUAUUUAGUUCUUACCUUACUACGUAUGUAGCUAUAU